AUGGGUUUGGACUUCUUCCAACGCAGCACAACAUUCUCCUCCUUGGAUCUGGAUGUUGUUCUUGUUGCCAACCCGGACAUGGACCAUAUUCUUAUGGAAUGCCUGGACAAACAUUAUCAUAAUGGAGAUAACAGCCCGAUCCCGUCCACUAUGACCUCAGAUAUCCCCUGUCUCGAUCGAGCCUUGUUAUGUUUUUCCAAAGGAACCCACGUGGAUGCACAGUACCUGGUAACUGGUGGGUGGGGCGGUUUGGGACGCUCCAUUCUAAACUGGAUGGUUAGCCGUGGCGACUUGACAGUCCUGUCACGAAGCGGUGCAUGCAACCCAGAAGUACAGUGUCUGUUCGAUGAUUUAAGUGCAACGAAGCCGAUUCGGGGUAUCAUCCAUAUGGCCGUUGCAUAUGAAGAUUUGUCUUUUGAUAAGCUCCCAAUUGGGCGAUGGCAUGCUGGUCUGGCUGCCAAGGUCAUUGCAGCCAACACGUUCCAAGAACUCCUUCGCCCGCUACUGACGCCGCCAGGGAUUACCUGCAUCGACAGUAUCGUUUGGUUACAUCGCCGACCUCGGGCACCUAGCAAAAACACCACCAGCAGCAAUCUUAUGGCAGGCAACAACGUCCUUGACAUCAGCGAACACGAAGUCCUGCGAGUCCUUGAGCUCGCAUUCCUAAAUAAUGAAACCGCUCUACCUCUCCAGGGUAAGGAACCAUGGCUCGGAGCCGCCGAGGACCCUCUAUCAGCAGCCACUCUCGUCACUUGUAUGGAUCCUCGCAGUCUCACAGCCCACAAGCAAGAAGGGGCUUUGACUGGAGGAGCAAGGCGAAAUAUACCUCGGUGGUACACUGAUAGCCGGGUAUUCCUGGUUAUGCGCGCCUUUGUGGACGCCGAACGACAUCGGCAGAGGGCGAAUGACGCACAGAGCACCCAGCGUAAUCUUAUUCCUACCUACAAUCAAUUUUUGAUCUGA